GACAAACGUUAACACGUACCCGUUUCACACUUCGUACACGCGCCCACUUCUUAUAACAUCCAGUCGAAACGAUUUGAUUGACCGAUCCGUCUUUCCUUCGUGCUUUUCUUCUUCUCCGUUUGGUAGGAACACACUACACAAUCACAAUGUCCGACAAAGGUGCCAUGGUGCCACGUGAGGAGUCGCCGCACUCCAUUGCCAGCGAGUUGGAUCGGCGCCGCAGUGAGGCCCGCACGUUAGAGCUGCAGGUCUCACGGAAGGAGGCGGAACUCCAGCGCGCGAAGGAGGAGCAGGCGCUGUUGAAGGAAAUGCGCACGGUGAACGAGAUGAUCAUCCACAAGAAGGAGCGGCAGAAGAGUGAAGGACCGGUGAGCGGGCUCAAGAUUUCUCCUGAGUCGCUUGUCGAGCUGAAACAGCUGGAGGACGCGCUGAAGAUGGAGAACCGCAAAACGGCGGGGCUGCAGCAGGUGUCCGACGUGACUUCUCGUCAGAUGGAGGAGGUGGAGCGCUCGUUAGAGCAGACGGAAAACCAGCUGGCAGAGGCGAAGCGCUCGACAGGGUGGGACACGGACCGCCACUCGGCCCACACAGAGGCGAAGAUGAAAAACGAGUACCGCCAGAAGAAGAUGCUUCUGACGUCCUUGACGUCGGAGCGGCGCACCUUGACGGAGCUGACAGAGCGACUCAAGCACCAGGUGGAGGAGCUGCAGGAGAAGACGGCGGCGGCAGACGAACUGGACGACCGCUUUGCAGAGUCUGAGGAGGAGCUGCGCCAGCUGGACAUGGUGUACAAGGAGCAGAUGGAGCAGGUAAAGAGCAACGAGCGCAUUCAGAAGAAGACGGAACGGUUACUCAGUGUCACCAAAGAUGAGGACGUGUACAAAAGCAUCCGCCAACUCGAUGGGGACAAGAAGGUGCUGCACACCAACCUUUCCAAGCUUCGUGAGACGAACGUGAGCAACUCCAAGUCGAUCUUGUCUCUCGAGGUCCGUCUGCGCCAGCUGGAGACUCGGUUAGAAUCCGUCAACGUGUUCCUCCAGGAGGUCUUCGCAGAGGUCGAGGACGAUGAGCCGAUGGAGGACGUGCCGGAGGGCGUGACAGAGGUUCCUUUAGUGCGUUUUGAAGAAUUAAGUGCCGCCUUGGAACUUUCACGCGAAACCGUAGCCCAGCGCGACGCCCAGCUUGAUGAGCACGACGCCAAAAUCGAGCAGCUGGAGCGAAAGAUUGUGAUUCUGCAGAACGCGAUAGCGUCGAGGCAGGUCUCGUCGCAGGUGCAGAGCCGCACCCGCGACACAGAGCAGCACAACCUCCAAAGGACCCACGCACAGCGCCUCGGCCAGUUGCAAAUGGAGCGCGAGCAGCUUGCCGUGGAGAACUCCACUUUGCGGGGGCGCUUAGCACGGUUACAGUAG